AUGUCAUCUUUUCUAGAGACACUCGCCCAUGCUGAACCAAUCAAUUUAAAUGCAUCAAGAGAUUUAGGUGAAUCAUCUGCGUCUAUUUAUAAACCAAGACGGAAUAGGAGACCACAUCCAAUAAAAAAUACCACACCACCACCAUUAAGUUCCAAUGUUGAAGUACCUCACUCUAUUGGACAUUAUGGUUAUGGUAAAUAUGAUCCAGACGAGGAAAUGGAAUUGGAAGAAGAGGAAUUGGAAAUGAAAGAUGCUGUACCAGACUACAUGAGUCUCGCCUUAUUUUCCUCUAUAUUUUGUUUCUGGCCAUUGGGAAUCUUAGCAAUCCUCAGAAAUAAUAAGGCUAGAAGACUAAAGUCGGCUGGUGAUAUAUAUAACGCCAAGAAAUUAGCUAGAUCUGCUAAAUUAUUUGUUAUAUGGGCUAUUGUAGUUGGUAUAUUUGUAUAUGGUGUAGCUAUUGGCGUCGGAGUUGGGGUUAUUGUCGAUGUCAGGCAUAGAUAUUUUGGGUGA